UUUAACGGCAAGCAAUAGACAUGAAGGUGUUCGUAGUGCUCGCUCUGGCUAUAGCAGCUGUUUCCGCUGGCGUUAUGCCAAUGGAAGAGGCUGUACAUCCCCGUGACAUGCCCGCGUCCGAUUCCAUCGAAGGACGCAUCACGAACGGCCAACAGGCUAGGGAAGGACAGUUCCCAUAUCAGGCUGGACUCAGCUUCUCCAGCUCCAGUGGCAGCUGGUGGUGCGGUGGUUCCAUCAUUAGCAACCAAUGGAUUCUGACUGCUGCUCAUUGCACACACGGCUCCUCAUCCGUGAAAGCCUAUUUGGGCGCCACUCAUCGCACCAGUGCCAAGGUUGUCCACACUGUUUCCAGCUCAAACUAUAUUCAGCAUACCAGCUACAACCCAUCUACUUUGAAUAAUGACAUUUCGCUGAUCAAGAUUCCAGCUCUGUCUUUCACUUCCUACGUCAACAAGGUUGUGUUGCCCGCUAUCGCUAGCUCAUACAGUACCUAUGACAAUCAGCAGGUUGUUGCAUCUGGCUGGGGCAAGAUUUCCGAUAAUGCUGCUGGUGUUACCAACAAUCUGAUGUACCAAUACUUCAAUGUAGUCUCCGUGGCUACAUGCCAAUCUGUUUAUGGUAGUAAGACCGCGACCCCCAAUGUUAUUUGCAUUGCUACUCCUAACAAGCAAUCCACCUGCCAAGGUGAUUCCGGCGGUCCAUUAGUGCUCACCAGCAACACCAGACUGGUGGGUGUCACCUCCUUCGUUGCCGGCACUGGCUGCGAGUCUGGCAAGCCAGCUGGCUUCACCCGCGUUACCAGCUACUUGGACUGGAUCAAGACCAACUGUGGCGUUUACUACUAAACACUUUCAAUAAAUCGCAAAAUACCAAAA